AUGAAGACAGAUAUGGCACGGACUGCAGGGCUCCUGGGCUCGGGGCUUGUCUCUGCACCUGUUACCUUCAUCCUCCUCUUAUUAUUGUGGAGAGCCUGGAUUAUCGUCUAUCGACUCUUCUUCCACCCCCUUCGAAAGUACCCCGGGCCCAUUCUAUAUGCGGCCUCGCGUCUUCCUCAACUUUCUCACUUCAGUCUCGGAAGCUCGCAUAGCAUGGGCGUUCGCCUACACAAGAAGUACGGACCAAUAGUGCGCAUUGGACCUAAUCAGCUGAGCUACAUCGACCCUAGAGCAUGGAAAGACAUCCAAGGACACAGGGUCGGUGGCCGUGGCGGGUUUCCCAAAGACAGGGCGCUCAUGGGUCAUCAAGAACACUAUGAUAUCCUGCACGCAGAUGAUGCAACACAUACACGACAGCGCCGUAUUUUCUCCCACGCUUUCUCUGAGAAGGCUUUGAGAGAACAAGAGUCACUUAUCCGCGGCUAUACAGAUCUCUUGGUAUCUAAGCUUGGAGACAAGGCGUCCCGGCGGGAUGGUCAAACAAAGGAUAACGUGAUCACUGUCGACAUAGUGCGGAUGUACAACUUUACAACAUUCGACAUCAUGGCCGAUCUCACCUUCGGGGAGCCACUGGGAAUGCUUCAAGAUGGCGAUUAUGUGCCGUGGGUAAGCAACGUCUUUUCGAGCGUCAAGUACAUGGUCAUGGGAACCUUCUUGCGAGUCUACCCAAUUUUUGGACGACUCUUUGCUCCGCUACUGUCGAGCUCCCUUAAAGCAGGAAUGGAGAAGCAUACAAAGUACUCCAACGACAGAGUGGAUCGCCGCCUGCAAUAUGACAAGGACAGAGGGGAUAUCUGGAGUCUCGUUCAACGAAAUGCUGACCUCGACAACAUCUCACGGGGGGAGAUGUACGCCAACGCCCAAAUCUUCAUGAUUGCCGGGACCGAGACGACAGCUACUUUGUUGAGCGGUCUCACGUUUCUUCUAUGCCGGAACGCCGACAAAUUGAAGAUUCUUUCGGAAGAGAUCCGGUCACUUCAUCUGCAAGACCUGAACAUCAUCAACCUGCAACGGCUUCCUUAUCUCAAUGCGUGUCUAGAAGAGGGGCUUCGCAUGUAUCCCCCGGCUCCGGGUGUGGUGCCUCGUGUGGCUCCUCAAGGAGGAUCAACUGUUUGCGGGCAAUUUGUCCCAGAGGGAACGGCUACAAGCGUCGCGCAGUACGCAGCUUACACUUCAACGUACAAUUUCACUGAUCCGCUUGAUUUUGUGCCCGAGCGUUGGCUCGCCGAACCGCCCGAGAAAUACGCAAACGACAACAAGGAGGUUGUUCAACCCUUUUCAUAUGGCCCGAGAAACUGCAUCGGCAAGAACCUUGCCUAUCACGAGAUGCGUCUCAUUCUAGCUACAGUGCUGUGGAAGUUCAAUGUUGAGCUUGCGGAUCAGAACUCGAAUUGGAUUGAGCAGAAGUCUUUUGGAAUUUGGGAGAAGCCUCCUUUGUACAUUCACCUUCAUUCCCGUGAAGAAUAG